AAACAUUAUUAACGGAAGCAUCAAACGCAAGACCAACAUGAAUACCAUGUCAAGUCAAACCAACUGAUUACAUAUCGGUGUGGACUGGGUGAUGUGGGCUGCCGUGCUCUCUGCACUACCCCAACGACCCGUGCGGUGAUGGCGAGGAAACCCCGUUGACAAGGCACUGCUUUUUCAUGACGCCCAGCCUGCUACCAAAAUAGAGGGUGUUCGAUGAUUGUAUCCAUGCUAUCUGUUGGAUAUCUGUGUCAUGGAUGAUGAGGACGAUCGCCGUCUUCUUGAUAUAUUAGGGGAUGUGGACGCACUGAAUGACUAUCUCCAUGGCAGCAACAGCAAGUCUAUUGAUGAAGAUGAUGUGACAAAUGCAGCAUAUGGAUCAGAGGGAUCCUUCUUUGCCAGUGACACAAGUGGCUCCAAUACUGGACUCAAAGAUGGUUCAAUGGGUGGAUUUGGCGACGAUUCAGCCAGUGCAGGCCUCCAGCUUUCCAGCAGCCUUUCAUUUAUUGAGGAUGAAUUGGUGUCUGGAAACUCCCCUGGUGGUGUUGAUCUCGGCGGUGAGGACCAGCCAUUUGACAUCCUGCAGAAGUCACUCUUGGAGGCUGAUAUUACGGAGCAGACACUGGUUCAGGAGGCCUUACUAGAUGCCCAGCCUGCUCCCACACUAGUGCAAGCGCCUGUUCCUUUCUCCUCUCAGCUGGUCUCUGGGGGGUACGGCGGUGGGGUAGGUGUUGCAACAACGGCAACAUCUGCAUUGCCCACAAGUCAAUUUCUGCAAGGGGUGUCACAAUUGCCUAAUGGCUCAACCCAGCACAUCCAAGUGUUAGGCUCCUUUGGGACCAGUGGUGGAGUGAUGACUCUAAGCAGCUUGGAGAGAACUCCUCAAAUUGUGUUAAGGCCAGGGGCCCCUGUAGCUGCUGCAGGGGGCACAACGGGGAGCCAGGUGUUUGCUCCUACACAAGGACAAGUGGGCCAGGUUGGCUUACCUUUCAAAAACAUCCCUGUCCAAAACAUCAUCAUUCAGAGAGGCCCAGGAGGGGCCCAGACCCUUGUCAGACCAAUCCAACCUAAACCCCUUCAAACCGGGGCUCACACUCUCUAUAGCCUCGGCCUUCAGCCUACCUCCACCUCCAUGACUAAUGCAGGUAAUGUUAACACCACUACUCCUGGAGGUCACUAUACAUCCAACGGCUCCAUUGUAGUUCCUUCAGAGCAGCAACAUGUGCAGGCGCAGACAAACAUACAACCUGGACAUUUCUUACUCCCGAGCUCACUGACAUUGACACCAGGCACCAACAUCCACAAUGGCCCCACAGAUUCAAACACAAACACAGUGCAAAUUGUUUCAGGGCAAAACUUCACUGCAACCCCGAGAGGUCAGCUAAUUUUGAACCAGGGAAUGGUCAGAGGAACUCAGGUUGGUGCAAGUGUAACCCAGACGUGGACAGGAGUUUCCUCUUCAGGCUCUGCCCAUGUGCAGACAUCCUGUGCCCCUGGUAGACUGACUUUGGUCGGUCCUUCCACAACAGCUGUCAUAGGCCAAAGCCAGGUGUCAGCAAGUCCGGUGCAGCGCCUUCUAGUCACUCAAAAUCAGAACUGUGCAUCACUCUCCCCACUCCCUGGAACAGUGACACAAGAACAAGACUUCAGACAGAACUCUGCAUCACCUGCACUUCAACAGGUGCAGCUUGGCUCUAUCCAUGCUGUGAAAACCAUGUCUCAAGAUCCCAACUCUCAGGUCAGUGCGCUCAAGCGGCCUGCUCUUCAACCACUCACAAGAGAUGGACUGUUUCUACAUCAAUUGGGGAAGGAUCAUGUUGGAGUUCAGACUCCCGAUCGACGUCGGUUCACUUCAGUCAAUGAUGCGUUGCAAAGACUCGUCUCGUACCAUGUGUUCCAGGGGGCACCACCUAGCAAGGAGGAAUUCUCACAGGUGGAUGAUGUGUUUGAGGCGGUUGCGACUCAGGUGCUGAAAAAGACAGAGGCAAUGGUUAACAAGUACAGACGACUACUGCUGGUGGAAGCAGAGCGUUCAUUUCCAUCAUCAGAAAUGGUGAUGAUUGACAGGACCUUCAACCAAGAGGAACGCAGCAACCUGACACAGGACAAACGCAUGUUGCUAGUGGACCCGGACAGCUUUUUGGAAGACUUCUGCUGCGGGACAAAAUCCAAACUUUUCCAAGUCCAGAACCCACCUCAGUCCAGCCAGAGUUUGACUCAGUUAGACAGGGACUCCAAAGAGCCAACAUACAGGACAGACUCCCCACCAGACUGUGAAGACCCAGGAGGGGGCGAACUUUUAGGACCAGGUCCAGCCAAUAAACUUUACUCGCAACACAACAAGAGCGUCCUUGAACUGAAGAGAUCCCAGCAGCACUGUGGGCCCAGCGACAGCCACACUGCUGCCAACAGCUAUCCUCAAGGUAACCCCUUGGUAGGACAGACACACUACCAGGGUUCUCAUCACACGUCCUCACACCCAGUCCAGCCCCAGUGCCCACCUCAGCUCAGCUCACCCCCUCACCCAGACACAGACUCUGCUCUAGAGGCAGCAGUCAACAGCAUCCUGGAAUGUUAGUCCUGAGGAGCCUCACAUCAUCACCAAGUGUAAUGUUUUGACAUUUCUGUGUGUAUAGUUGUAUUUUGGCAAACAUUUCUUUGUGAUACCUGUUCCAAAACCCUUGUGUGAAGAGAGGUGAACACUUCUGUAAGUUCCCUGGACAUUGUGAUUAUAAUCUCUGGAUAUGUAGCAAUUCUUUUUUUUUUAUACAGAUGUAUAUUUUGUUUUAAUUUUGAAAUGACGAUGUAGGAGUUCAGAUGAACACAGGCACUUAAAAAAAAUCUAUAAAGAUCCGGGAAUAUGUGCAAUUCAAUCUAAGGAUAAAAAGCAUGUUAUGUUAAUUUGAGCAUUGAUGUACUGGGGCAGGGCCUGAUGUAGCUUGGAAGUAAAAGCGUUCCUCUCUUCACACACAUGCAUACAGACACACGCCUUUAAUAUUUUGUGCCAGCUCAUAACUGCUAAUACCUAUGCUGAAAAGAACAAGACACAAGUGGGGGAACAAAAUGACUCAGUGCCUAAGUCUCGGUUUUCUUUUGAAGUUGUUUUUACAACGCUGUGUUCUGAACUCUGAUUUCUUUUCCACAUCACUAAACUAUAGUGAAGAUGCACAUUGCUUUCAUGUAUUGCAGUGGGUUCUGUAGACGAACGGUUAAGAAGUGACAACUUUCUUUGGGACUAGCUCGGCAGCGAAACGUUCAUGUAGACUAAUUGCACUAAUUGUACUUUUACAGGAACCGUACGACAAUGAAGCUGUUGUACCUCUACAGUGUGCUCCAGGCUACACAGAAUGUGAACAUUUGUAAUCAAACCAAAUUUUUUUCAGCUGCCUGCAACAAAGAUGAAGCCUUUUACAUACACUAGACACCAAGACGCGUACAUUUUUUUUACUCAUGUGCGUAAGUCACAUUUUCAGUUUUUUUUCUUCUCUUUUGUACCUUAAAGGUAUGCAAGCCCAACACAGAUGGAAGGAAAAACAAAAUUUCCAUUUCAACCACUUGUUGUUUUUGUGCUGCAUGUCUGUCAGUAAGGGGCUAAAUCCUCAGAUUGAGGGAAUUAUGUUACAAUUUGUUUAUCUUUUUAGACUUUGUAGUUUUGUUUACAGUAACCUAUCCCCAGACAUUGCAAAUGUCACACAAAAUAGCUUGAAGGGUAAUUUAUUUUUUAUUUUACAUGUUGGCCUGCUUUCUACUUUUAUGCUGAUCAUAUCUGUCAAUUUAUGCUUCAAAACCUUGAGAAAUCCCUUUUAAGGUGUGUGUCUGUACUGAUAAUGUACAAUUACACGCAUAGUUUCAUGUUUGGCUGCCUAACAAAAAAACCUGGGCGUUAUUCCCAGAGUUCUCUCACAGUUUGGGGAUGUUAUGUCUUUUCUUUAUAUUUCAUUUCCCAAGCAUUUCUAAGCACUCUCCUCAGCAGCACAACCAAAAAUAUGUAAAGUGUUCACAUCCAGAAUUAUCCCUGAAAAAUACUUAGUUACUAUACUAGUUUUUAAGUUUACGUUUUACACCCCACAUUUUACAAGGAAUAAUUGGCCAUAAAUGUUUUGUUGUGGUUUUACUCAGAUCUGUGUAUUUUGUUUUUUGUCAAGCCCCCCACCUAACAGAAGAGAAAACUCUGAAGAACCAAUCUGGAUUUUUUCCAUCUUUUUCUUAAGUCUAAGAAGAAUAAUUGUAUAAAGAACGCAAGCAAAUUGGCGGUUUUCUAUGUAGAGUGAAUGAGAACACGUGUUUCUUUUCCUAUGUGUAUUAAAGUUCCUGUGGCCAUUGCUGGAUUGCUGCAAGAUCCUGUGCCUCUGAAGCACUUCGUUUUAGACAUUCGUGAACUGGGAAAUGUCCAGUGUUGGUGGAACGCUGUUCCACUUGGAUGCAUAUCAGUGUCUGAGGCCCUGGUAGAAGCAGACUGCUUUCCUACUCUAUUUUCAAUGCAAAUUUGUUACGUUCUCUUUGCCUACAUGUUUCACUGUUUUGUUGUACUUGAUUUGUAUAAUUUGUUGUUUUGUACAAAAAGAUAAAAAGUGAAACACAAAUAUUUAUAAUUUUGUAUGGAGAAGAAACUGAAUGUAAAAAAUGACCAGUAAAUGAAAAAUAAUUUUUUUAUUGUGUUGAAUAAGAGUCAACAUCAGACAAGGAAAUCGUUACAAAUACUGUCAGUUCUUCAUGUGUAGCUCAUGCGUGUCCACUACAGCAACAAGGAGAGUUAAUAAAUUCAUUUUGAAUAAUAA